CCAACCUGACCUUCCGCUACACCAUCAGCCCCGAGUCCUCGCCCAUUGACUUCACGGCAGCGGACCUGUACAUCACCGCAAACGUCACGGCGACGGCUCGCAUUCCGCAGGACGUGCAGCCCCUGCCGCUGUCGCAGGUCACCUACCCGCACAUCAACGCCUCACUGCGGAUCACCACCCAGCCGGGGCUGCCGCUGGAGGUGGCGCAGCGGCAGCGGCCGGCAAGAGCAGGAGGUGCAGGAGGUGCAGGAGGUGCAGGAGGUGCACCACAAAGGCGACCAGGCGGCGGUGGCGGCGGUGGAGAUACCGGCCCACCUGCGGGUCUGGGUACGAC